AUGUCUUUAUCAUCGGUGCAUUUUUGGGAACUAGCUACUGAUGAUCAAGCAGCUUUGCUAACCGAAACUGUGGCUAAAGUACUGGUGUCACAAAUGGACCGAGCUUUUCGAAGUAUAGUAUUGGACUUGCUACUUCGUUUGUUUGCUGAACUGGAGGAACCCGAUUUUGUCUCUAUGUGCCAAUGUUUGAUCAAACUUGAAAAACCAGAUGAUGUUGCCGAUAUCCUGCAACGAUUGGUUUCUAAUAAGGGUGACAGUGGUGUACUAUUGGCAUAUCAGAUUGCUUUUGAUUUGUAUGAAAAUGCUUCACAGCAAUUUAUCAGUAAAAUAGAACAGUCCCUCAUAGAUAAUGCUCCAAUAGAUACACCAACAACGAGCGGUGCCAUACAGCCCAUGGAAAUUACUAUUGAAGGAAAAAACGAGACCAACAGAAACACUUCCAUAAUUGCUUCACAAGCACGAUCCACCGGAACUACGAUUGCUAAUGAGGAAGCGGAAGAAGGGAAGAACGAUGAACACUCGAAGAACACGUCCUCAACUGAAUCAUUCGAAGAAAAAGAAAAGCAGAAGAACAGUCCUGAAAGAACUAAAUCUGAAGAUACCGUUGUUGGUAGGGUAUCGGAAACUUCUAGUUCUUCUGGCACAGCAGAUGGUGCGACAAAAAUGAUGGUGAUGGAAGCUUCAUUUCCUGAAAGGUCGAAAAUAAAGGAUAAGGUGGUCUGCGAACGUUUGCGUUCAAUUUUGUGUGGAGAGCAAACUAUAAAACACCAUAUGCAAUUUCUUAUUAAAAACAAUCACACCGAUAUGUUGAUUCUGAAACAAAUAAAAGAAAGCGUGCGAACAGCAUCAGCACAUAAUGCUACUGUCAUUGCAAAUGGCUUGAUGCAUCUAGGAACAACAACUGAUGAUUUUUUAAGAGAUAACUUGGAAUGGAUAAGCAAAGCAACGAACUGGAAUAAAUUCAAUGCCGUGGCAUCACUUGGACUUAUUCAUAAGGGUCAUGAAGCGAAUGCGUUGAAAUUAUUAGAUCCAUAUUUGCCAAAGGGCGAAGCUGAUCAAUUUGGAUUUAAAGAAGGUGGCUCGUUAUAUGCCUACGGACUGAUUCAUGCGAAUCACGGCAGUACUGAAGUGAUUGCCUAUCUUCGGGAUCAGUUACUGAAAGCGACAACAUCAGCAGCACGUCACGGUGCAUGUCUCGGCCUUGGUUUGGCUGCAAUGGGAACUCAUGAUGAACAAGUGUUCGUACAAUUACGUGAUUGUUUAUACCAAGAUGAUGCAGUGACGGGUGAAGCCGCUGGCCUAGCAAUGGGUCUCGUAAUGGUUGGGGGAAUGCAAACCGAAGCAUAUCAAGAAAUGGUGCAAUAUGUGUGCGACACACAGCAUGAUAAGAUUCAGCGUGGUCUGCGUGCAGGCAUCGCCUUACUUGCUUAUGGGCGACACGAAGAAGCAGAAAAACUAAUUGCCCCUUUGUUAGAACACAAGUCAAAUGCAGUAUUGCGUUCAACUGCAGUUUGCAUGCUUGCAAUGGCAUAUGCGGGAUCAGGAAAAGCAGAUGUGGUUCGACGCCUGUUGGCCAAAGUUGCCGCCGAUCCAAAUCAAGAUGUGAAACGUUUCGCUGUCAUCGCAAUCGGUUUCGUUCUUAGCAACGAUGCAGAACAGUGUCUUAGCUAUACGGGCAUGUUAGCGGAACAUUUCAACCCGCAUGUACGAUAUGGUGCUGCUAUGGCACUAGGUAUUUCUUGUGCUGGAUCUGGUUAUAAGGAAGCCAUUGCGUUGCUUGAUCCACUGUUGAACUCCAAAGAAAACUUUGUUCGACAAGGUGCUGUUAUUGCUUUAUCGUUCAUCCUGAUUCAGCAGACGGAUUCAAUUUGUCCGAAAGUAAAUGAAUUUCGAAGAACACUGACGAAGAUGAUAACUGAGAAAGGUGAAGAUUCAAUAACGAAACUAGGUGCAAUCCUUGCUCAAGGUAUUAUCGAUGCUGGCGGCCGUAACGUUACAAUAUCACUUCAUAAUCGCAACGGCCAUCCUGACAUGCCAAGCGUUGUUGGGACUUUUGUUUUUCUUCAGUACUGGUAUUGGCAUUCUUUGGCACAUUUUUCGUCACUAGUAUUCAAACCAACCUGUGUGAUUGGUCUUAAUCUAAAUCUUGAAAUGCCAAAAACUGAAUUUCGUUGCAAUGCGAAGCCUUCAACCUUUGCUUAUCCACCUCCCUUGGAGGAAAAGAAAAAAGAAGAGAAUGAAAAGGUGGAAACGGCUGUUCUUUCCGUAACUCACAAGAAGAAACCUUCAGUUCUUGAUCGUUCAAGUGCUACUGCAGUCAAAGAAGAGGCCAAAGUUAGGGAAGAGAAAACAGAAAAAGACAAGGAGGAGGAAAUGGAGGUUGACAUUGCACCAGCUACAGCGGCUGUAGCUGAUUCUGCUGCUGCUGUGUUUACAGGAACUGCUACAAAUUCGGAACAUAAGUUAGCCGAACCAAAGAGUAGAGAAUCGGAAGCUACGAACUAUACUCUGCAAAAUCCAGCUCGUAUUGUUCGCUUACAAUUGAAAACCUUACAAAUGACUGAAAAUAAUCGCUACAAACCAUUGAAAGCACUUUCCCAGGGUGGAAUAAUUAUGCUUCGUGAUAGGAAAGCUGGACAAGAAAAGGAAGAAAUUGUAGCGUUAGCUGCAGCUGGAGGAACGCGCGUAGAAGGCAAAGAUAGUUCAGAAGAGGCGAAACCACAUACUCCUUUUGAAAUCAACAUCACCUCAUACUGA